GUUUGGCGUUUAUUUAAUUUUGUGUUUUCUGCCUCUUGGAUAGCUUUAGCGGUUUUAGCGCGUUUGUUUUUCAGAAUUUUUCUAUUUCCAAAACGCGAACAAAGCGAAAUAGUUUAAUUUUGAUAACAUAAGUUACAACUGUGCAGUCACAACUUUUUCCAGACUCAAGUUUUACUUGUGUUAGUGGAGAAGUGCGAGUAAUGUUAUAACGGAGGUGGCAUGAUAUUUGUGUGAUAGCAAACCAUUGUAGGUAUUUCGUUGCUAAAAUGUCUAAAUUAGAAGAUACAACUGAAACCAGUGCAGAUGCGACUGAAAUUGGUGAAAAUUCGGAGUUGGGUCAAAAUGAAUCAUCCUCGGAUGCCACAUCAAAAGGAGAGGACUUUGAUACUAAGCUUGCCUCUGACAGAUCUAAGAGAUUUGAUUUCCUGCUCAAACAAACAGAAAUCUUCUCUCACUUUAUGAAUCAAGCUAAACAGGCUGCUAAACCAAAAAGUGGCAGACCAAGAAAAGAGAAAAAAGAAGAUCUCACUGACCAUCGUCACCGCAAAACUGAACAAGAAGAAGAUGAGGAGCUGUUGGCUGAAACUAAUACGAAAUCUAAACCAACUGUUAGAUUUGAAGCAUCUCCCUUUUAUAUAAAAAAUGGAGAGAUGAGAGAUUACCAAAUUCGUGGUCUUAACUGGAUGAUCUCACUAUAUGAAAAUGGCAUCAAUGGUAUUCUGGCUGAUGAAAUGGGUCUUGGCAAGACCCUGCAGACUAUAUCUCUCUUGGGAUUUAUGAAACACUAUAAGUCAACACCAGGGCCACACAUUGUCAUUGUCCCCAAAUCAACCCUGAGCAACUGGAUGAAUGAGUUUAAGAAAUGGUGUCCAUCUCUGAGAGCUGUUUGUUUGAUUGGUGACCAGGAAGCUAGGAGUGCAUUCAUUAGAGAUGUGAUGAUGCCAGGUGAAUGGGAUGUAUGUGUCACAUCAUAUGAAAUGUGCAUCAAAGAAAAAUCUGUCUUUAAGAAAUUCAACUGGCGUUACAUGGUGAUUGAUGAGGCUCACAGGAUCAAAAAUGAAAAAUCCAAGCUAUCUGAAAUUCUCAGAGAAUUCAAAACUACCAACAGACUGCUAUUGACUGGUACACCACUUCAAAAUAACCUGCACGAAUUGUGGGCUCUACUAAAUUUCUUACUGCCAGAUGUAUUCAACUCUUCAGACGAUUUUGAUGCUUGGUUCAACACAAAUCAGUGUUUGGGUGACAAUGAACUCAUUGAGAGAUUGCAUGCAGUGCUAAAACCUUUCUUGCUCAGAAGGUUGAAGUCUGAGGUGGAGAAGAAGUUGAAGCCAAAAAAAGAAGUCAAAGUAUAUGUUGGUUUGAGCAAAAUGCAACGUGAAUGGUACACAAAAGUUCUUAUGAAGGACAUUGACGUAGUGAACGGCGCUGGUAAAGUAGAGAAGAUGCGGCUGCAAAACAUCCUGAUGCAGUUGAGAAAAUGCACAAAUCACCCAUAUCUGUUUGAUGGUGCUGAACCUGGACCACCUUAUACAACGGAUCAGCACUUAGUAUACAACUGUGGCAAAAUGGUGUUGCUUGACAAGUUACUGCCCAAGUUGCAAGAACAGGGCUCCAGGGUGUUGAUAUUUUCGCAGAUGACCAGGAUGUUGGAUAUUCUCGAGGAUUAUUGUCAUUGGAAGCAGUAUCAUUAUUGUCGUUUGGACGGGCAAACUCCUCAUGAAGACAGACAAAGACAGAUAAAUGAGUACAACGAAGAAGGUAGCAGUAAGUUCAUCUUCAUGUUGUCAACAAGAGCUGGAGGUCUUGGUAUCAAUUUGGCCACAGCUGAUGUGGUUGUCAUCUACGAUUCUGACUGGAAUCCUCAAAUGGAUCUUCAAGCUAUGGACAGAGCUCAUCGUAUCGGUCAGAAGAAACAAGUACGAGUCUUCCGGUUCAUAACCGAGAACACAGUGGAAGAGAAAAUCGUCGAACGAGCUGAAGUCAAGUUGAGAUUGGACAAGUUGGUUAUCCAACAAGGACGUUUGGCCGAUUCUAAAAGUCAGUCGUUGAACAAGGACGAAAUGUUGAACAUGAUCAGGCAUGGUGCUAAUCACGUGUUCGCAUCCAAGGAUUCAGAAAUCACCGACGAGGAUAUUGAUACUAUUUUGCAGAAGGGAGAAGCAAAGACGUUGGAGCUAGCUCAGAAAAUGGAAAAACUGGGCGAAUCUUCUCUGCGCAACUUCACCGUCGAAACUCCCACAGAGUCUGUGUACAAGUUCGAAGGCGAGGAUUACCGUGAGAAGCACAAGAACACAGGGAUCAGCGCCUGGAUCGAACCGCCAAAGAGAGAGCGAAAGGCCAAUUAUGCUGUGGAUGCGUAUUUCAGGGAGGCCCUCAGGGUGUCCGAGCCCAAGGCCCCUAAGGCGCCUAGACCCCCUAAACAGCCGAUCGUGCAAGACUUCCAGUUCUUUCCACCGAGGCUGUUUGAGCUGCUUGAUCAGGAGAUAUACUUUUACAGAAAAUCUCUGGGCUACAAAGUUCCUAAGAACCUAGAACUGGGACCAGAAGCGUCGAAACAGCAAAAAGAAGAACAACGCAAAAUUGACGAAUCAGAACCUCUAACGGAAGAAGAGCAACAGGAAAAAGAAAAUCUGCUUACGCAAGGUUUCACGAAUUGGAGUAAAAGAGAUUUCAAUCAGUUCAUCAAAGCCAACGAAAAAUACGGCAGGGAUGACAUCGAAAACAUCGCUAAGGAAGUGGAGGGAAAAACACCAGAAGAAGUCAUGGAGUAUUCGGCUGUGUUUUGGGAACGCUGUCACGAGCUACAGGAUAUUGACAGGAUAAUGGCACAGAUAGAGCGAGGAGAAGCGAAGAUUCAGCGUCGAGCCAGUAUAAAACGGGCUUUAGACGCGAAAAUGGCCCGCUAUCGUGCGCCCUUCCAUCAAUUGAGAAUCUCCUACGGCACAAAUAAAGGCAAGAAUUAUAUGGAAGAAGAAGAUAGGUUUUUGGUGUGCAUGUUGCACAAACUCGGCUUCGACAGAGAGAAUGUAUAUGAAGAGCUCAGAGCUGCUGUCAGGGCAUCACCACAGUUUAGAUUUGACUGGUUCUUGAAAUCGCGGACAGCGAUGGAACUACAACGUCGUUGUAACACGCUCAUCACUCUGAUCGAGCGCGAGAACGCCGAGUUAGAGGAACGUGAGCGCAGCGAGAAGAAAAAGAAGGCGCCCAAAGGCUCGACUGGAAGCUCAGCUCAGCCCACUUCCACAAAACAGUCACAGAAAAGGAAACACGAUGGGUCCAGCGGAGCGCCCGGAGGUGGCGGUACACCAGUUGAAAAGAAGAAAAAGAAAAAGUAGGUGUAGAUCUAUCAAAGUAUAAUUGCAACAUUUGAAAAUUGUUUGUUUUUGACAAGAUUUCUAUUGUUUUUCGUAUGGUUGACCAUCGGAUUUCUUGAACUGCACAAUUAAAAAUCCCAUCAGAUUAUACAUACCAACAGAAAAAUAAAUGUCGAGCAAAUUACUCGCAUUGUAUUAAAAUUUGCACAGGAAGUUUGUCAGUGAACUCAUAUAGAAUACCAUAAGAGAAUACACACUUUGAUUUUUUUGCUGCCUACUGGUUUGGCUAGAUAAAUUUAAUUUCUAGGGCCCUUGUAAGUUUGCUAGUUAACGUCAAACAGAUACGAUAUUGUAUGAUGUAUGGAUGUCAUGAAGAUUUGCACUUCGAGAUUUUAAAAGAUUUGUAAUGAAUAUGAAAGUAUUUAUUGCUGUUCGAUAUUAAUGUGCAUUCCAUUAUAAUGUGCUUGACUAAAUGGUUGCAGUUGUACAAAUAACUUUAAUUUUAAAUUAUAUACCUUUUUAAACACAUCUAAAUCACAUUUCACUUCAAUAUUGCUCUGAUGAGUUACUUUGAUACAUUUCUCCAUAUUGUGUUAGAUGUUGUAUGUAACCUGAUGGAUAAACAAUGUUGAAAUUUUGUUGAAUGUAUGGUCAGGGUUCUUUUGAAUACUAUAUUUAUAAACCAGUGAUUCUUAUAAAUAAAAUAUCAAAUUUCAA